GUUUAAAGAAGAUCCGCCUCUGGGGUUUUAUAUUGCUCUGGUAUUCAUGCUAAAGACACACCAGCCCUCAGUCACUGGGAGAAGAGCCUCUCAUACCCUCGGUGCUCCAGUCCCCAGCUCACUCGGCCACUCACACCAUGUGUGAAGAGGAGACCACCGCACUCGUGUGUGACAAUGGCUCUGGCCUAUGCAAGGCAGGCUUCGCAGGAGAUGAUGCCCCCCGGGCUGUCUUCCCCUCCAUCGUGGGCCGCCCUCGACACCAGAUCUGGCACCACUCCUUCUACAAUGAGCUGCGUGUAGCACCUGAAGAGCACCCCACCCUGCUCACAGAGGCUCCCCUAAAUCCCAAGGCCAACAGGGAGAAGAUGACCCAGAUCAUGUUUGAAACCUUCAAUGUCCCUGCCAUGUACGUCGCCAUUCAAGCUGUGCUCUCCCUCUAUGCCUCCGGCCGCACGACAGGCAUUGUCCUGGAUUCAGGUGAUGGCGUCACCCACAACGUCCCCAUCUAUGAAGGCUAUGCCCUGCCCCAUGCCAUCAUGCGCCUGGACCUGGCUGGCCGUGACCUCACUGACUACCUCAUGAAGAUCCUCACAGAGAGAGGCUAUUCCUUUGUGACCACAGCUGAGAGAGAAAUUGUGCGAGAUAUCAAGGAGAAGCUGUGCUAUGUGGCCCUGGAUUUUGAGAAUGAGAUGGCCACAGCAGCUUCCUCUUCCUCUCUGGAGAAGAGCUAUGAGCUGCCAGAUGGGCAAGUUAUCACCAUUGGCAAUGAACGCUUCCGCUGCCCUGAGACCCUCUUCCAGCCUUCCUUUAUCGGCAUGGAGUCCGCUGGAAUUCAUGAGACAACCUACAAUUCCAUCAUGAAGUGUGACAUUGACAUCCGUAAGGACUUAUAUGCCAACAAUGUCCUCUCUGGGGGCACCACCAUGUACCCUGGCAUUGCUGACAGGAUGCAGAAGGAGAUCACAGCCCUGGCCCCCAGCACCAUGAAGAUCAAGAUUAUUGCUCCCCCAGAGCGGAAGUACUCAGUCUGGAUUGGGGGCUCUAUCCUGGCCUCUCUCUCCACCUUCCAGCAGAUGUGGAUCAGCAAGCCCGAGUAUGAUGAGGCAGGACCCUCCAUUGUCCACAGGAAGUGCUUCUAAAGUCAGAACAGGUUCUCCAAGGAUCCCCUCAAGACUACUCUGUCACCAGUAAUGAAACAUUAAAACCUACAAGCCUUACUUCUCUGUGUGGGGCUCUUUUUUCCUGGGCUAUGUCUCAUACACAGUGCUAAGGACUUUUCAUACAUUACUUUUAAUCCAUGCAAUAAUGUUGUAAGGUAGGUGCUAUCAUUAUUCCCAUAUUUCAGAUGAGGAAAUUGAGACUCAGAGAAAUCAAGGACUUGCGAAGAUCACACAGAUUCAAGAUUAAAAUUCAAGUAUCUGACUGCAAA